AAGGAUUCAGAUUUGCUGCAAGGCUAAAAAAAAAAAAAAAAAAAAAAAAAAGCCCGCUUCCACCACACUCACAUAUCUUUUUUAAAAGUUCAUUUUCCUUUCCCCCUUUUGGUGAAAUUUCUCAAAAAGGUUGUCCACACUUGUCCUUAUUUCCUCAUAUCCUAUUCAACCCAUCCCAGUCUAGCUUCUGUCCUCAAAAGUCAUCAUAUUCUCAAAUCCAGCAGACACUUCUUAGCUCACAUCAGUUUAACCUUUCAAUGUUAUUGGAUAGUCUCCCAGCUCCCAUGGCCUCGUUCUCCUGGAAUUUCUUUCUUUCCGACUGCUUCAGUUCAGCUUCCUUUGCUGACUUUCCCUCUGCUCAAUCUCUGUAGGUUUGUUCUCAGAACUCUCUCUCUUCCUCUCUUUAACUCCGUUCACUCCCUAAGUAUUUUUUCAAUCCCAAUUUUUUCCUGCCUUAAAAUUCUCAAGAUUCUUAAAUCUGAUAAUUCCUGCCUUUAGAAAAAAAAUCUAUAGGCUGGUGACCUGUUUGCUGAGCUCUAGAGUUUACAUCUGCAACUGCCUACUUCACAUUUCUCCUUGGAUGUCUAAUAUACAUUUUAAUUUUAAUAUGUCCAAAGGCAACUCUUUAUUUCCCUCUCUUAACUGCUUCUUUAUGAAGUCUCUCCAAUUUCAAUAAAGAGUUUCAUCAUUCACCCAUUGAUUAAACCAAAAAUCUAAGAGUCAUCCUUGAUUUAUUUUUCUUAAACUCUCAUAUACGGUUUAUCCACAAGUCCAUGUUUUCUGCCUCCCAAAUUCAUUACAGCUCUCCAUUCCUUGCAAGGACUCCCCUAGUCUAAGCAUCAUCAUCUUUUGCUUACAACCAAGUUGCCAUUUCUUACUCUCCAACCUCAAUUUACAGUGUCCUCCCCUGACACCCACACAGCUUUGGCUCCAUUGGUCUCCUUCCUGUUCUUCAAACAAGCCAAGCUACUUGCCAUCCCAAGAUUUUGUAUUUUUCUUCUGCCUGAGAAUGUCAGCAAUACUGAUUCCCACCCCAGUUUAUCCCAUGUCUGACUCCACCUUAUCUUUCCAGACCCCCUUUUAUUCUUACCUUCCCUAAAGUAGCCCACCACUUACCUUAUCACAUCAUUUUGCUUACUUUUCCUUUAUAAAGCAUUUUAAAAUUCUGUAAUUACCUUAUUUACCAGUUUGGAGUGUUUCCCCCCUGACCAGAAGAUAAGCAUGAUCAAAGCAGAGACUUGUCUUUUUAAUACAUGGCUGUGUCCCUUGAACUAAAAGGAAGGAUGUCUGUUACAUAGUAGGCAUUCCAUAAAUAUUUGUUAAAUAAUUGAAUGGAUAAUUAAGUGAAUGACUGAUGUCAAAAUCCAUUGAGAUUCCCUAACCUUUUCAUUUCUACCCAAAUGAUUCAUCUUUACUCACCGGUGUUAGCUUGAUUAGUUAGUUACCCAAGACAAGUUUUCUUACUUUGUUCAUUUACUUUUGAUUCUGCCUGGGGUUAUUAAUCAUUUUCAAUAAUAAUAAUAAUAAUAAUAAUAAUAAUAAUACUGCCUUGGGAAGCUAAUAGGAAAAUCAAAGGUCAUGAUGCUGAUAUUUUCAGAAUAUCUCCUGGCUGAUGUGGACAGUAAAUGAUAUUCACCCAUCAAUCAUUCCUCUGCUUCCUGCAACUGAAUCUCCCUGGAGGAGUCAUCAGAUCCUCUCAAUCUUGAAGACUGACAGGAAGUCCCUGUGGACACUAGCUCUAUGCAAAAUCAGGAGGGAUCCUUGACCCUAAGAUUUAAAAGCCCCACCUUCAGAACAAAAUUAGAAAACUCAGAGGUUAAGUUAUAGUUAUUGCAGCUUCUGGAAAGGUGUAGAACAUGAAGGGAUUCACAAGUCUGGUGGUAACAACCUUGACUCUUUUCCUGGUGUUUUCUUUCAUGGGAAAUUCGAACAGUGCUCCGCAGAGACUCUUUGAGAGAAGGAAUUGGACUCCACAAGCUAUGCUCUACCUGAAGGGUGCACAGGGGCGCCGCUUCAUCUCCGACCAGAGCCGGAGGAAGGACCUCGCCGACCGGCCGCCGCCCGAAAGACGAAGCCCAAAUUCCCAACUACUAACUCUUCCAGAGGCAGCAGCUGUGCUAUUGGCUUCCUUGCAGAAACUGCAAGAAGCUGGAGAAGAAAACUUUGAUCAAACCAGAUUCCUAGAAGACAGCCUGCUAAACUGGUGAAAAUAUACCAGAUUCCAUUCAAUUAUAGUUCUGUUCUUGUUGAAAACAUGAACCAUGUGAACAAAGCCUGUGGACCCUUUUUAUCUUCAUUUGUAAUCUUAGGAACAUGUGCAGCCAGUUUUAUUCUUUCAGAAGCUAAAGUGAUGUUGAGUUCUUAGUGAGAACAUCAUUGCUUUCUUCCAUUGCUUCAGGUCCUGUUUAGAUCGCCUUGUGUCUUACUCUUGAAUUUUUUAGCCCAUUUAUAAUUAUUAGGUUGAAGACUCUUUAGAGUGUUCUUUUGUUUUGUGACAACAAAUACCCAUCUUGAUCUAAUCAUUCUUAGUUGCUUUUUUUCAUUCUGUUACCCACUUGCACUGUCUUAUCACUCAGCAGAGAAUCUCCUCUCCUUUUCCCCCUUUUCUCACCUCCAAGGAGGGUGAGGCAGGGAAGCAUGGCAAGAUGGGAAAGAGUAGAGUGUGAUUCUUUUAGUAUCCAGGAGAGGUAAGUUGUCAGGAAGGGAAGAGGGAAGGGAUGACUGGGAAGAAGCCCUGUGAUCAGACACUGCAGUGUGGUUGCUGAGAGAGGGGACCCUUGGUGAGACUGGAGCCAGUGGAAGGUUCUACAGCUGGAAGCUCCCCCUUGUGCUCUCUGGGGAUCUCCCCGAAUUCAGUUUAGAAACAAGGAUCUAAAAGUUACUGGGAAAUAAGCAGAUGGAAACACACGCUGCUCUUGUACAAAAGAAACAAACCAGUUUUUUAGAGGUAACCCAUUUUCCAUGGCUAAACAGACUCAAACACUACUUACUCUAAUUGACUAGAACUCUAGGCUUUAUUUGACAUAAAAACAUAACAUAAAGGCACCCUGAUACAAAGUGCAUGGUAAUAUGCCUAAUUUAUUCAUUUUUUUAACUCAACUAGGGUUCAGUACUAUCUGAAAAAUAAAAUACACACAUACCUACAGCAAGCAUAUAGUAUAUUUAUUUGGAAUUACAAUAUGACUAUCAUGUUCAUUAUUUUUGACUUAAUUACUUGAGAGUUGUUAUUGAUAAAUGUCACAAGUAGAAAGUAUUGUCCAUUCUUAUUGUCAUCAGUAUAUAGCUAUUAGUCAGUAGCUAAAGAAUAUCAUUAUGUGAAUGUCUCUGUAACUUGGAAUUACAAUUUUACUGUGUUAAGUAAUCAAAACCCUGCUUAUAAGAUUUGUCUGUAUCUCAUUUCAUAAUUGAAUAAUGAAACUGUAUUCAAGUUAAUGUAACUUUGAUGUCUGCCAAAAAAAUAAUAUGCUAGCAAUAAAAAAAAAUCUAUGUGGCAUUAUAAUAGGUGCCUGUCAUUAAUUAUUGUUUGAUUUUAAAGUGGAUUUUCUAGACAGUGUAUAUGUCCAGUUUAUUGAGAAUUAUGUACUCACCUGACAUAGACUUGUACAUAUGGACUACUUAAAUACUAUGUCUAGUCCCAGAAUACAUUUAAAGUCUAUCUUACAAAGUAAUUCUUCUACAACUAGAACAAUCUCAAGUAUUUCCCACUAAAACAGAGUUUGUAAAAGCUGUCUAAAUGACCAACGGCUGUUAUAAUAUCAGCUACAAUAUUACAAGUACUUGAAUUUCCUGAACAUUGUUCUGCCGUACAGAUGUGCACAUUAACCCAGUAGUUGCAUAUGCCCGGUUUGCUGUAACUUUCUAUCUCUCCGGGGGUGUCUUUGCAAUUCUCUUUGUUUCUAUCUUGUUCAAAACUGAAAUGAAUAAGUGAUCAGUGCUCAAAACUUUUCACGUUGUAUGGCUUGUUUUUUAAAAUUGGAAAAUAUAUGCCUCCUGUGCACGUCCAUGUACUAGAAUACCCCACCUCCAGAUAGGACUUGCAGCCACUUUCACCCCGUUCCAGUUGCUCUUCCCCUCUUUGCCUCUAUAGCCUUCUUCCCCUGUGGCUACGUGGCCUCCAGGGUGGGCUCUCAAUUACUCUCUAUUCCCCUGGUUUUCCCCAGUGGAUGACUCCUCUCCCCCACCAUAGUGAUCCUAAGCAAGGAGAGAAGGUGAGAGGUUAAAAUCAGCCUCCAACUAGCAUUUCUUCUUUACCUGCUGAUGAGAAAUAAAAGUCUAUAUCCUACCAACCCUGAGUUACAUUAUUUUACCUUGACCUCAGGAGAAAGAGGAGUUGGGAAUGUAACCUGUUGGUCUCCUCCUACUGGACUAUAAAUCCCUUAAGGAAAUGUUCACGUCUAAUUUGAUUUUAUCCUUACAACCACAAUGUGAGGUGGGCAGUUGUAUCUCCCACAUUACUUCACAGAAAUUUAGGAUCAUUCUAGGAAGUCGCUUUCAAUCUCCUCAAGUACACUUAACCAAUCCCUCUUCUGAGACCUCCUUGUGUCCAGGAAAGCUACUAGUAUAGCACUUGUAAUAUUUUAUAUUCCCAUCUGUAUAUGUAAAGCCAGCUCUGUUCACUCUAGCCCUUACCAUGGAAGGAAGGGUGGUACAAUGCAUAAAAAAAGUCUUGCUGUCAGCUGGUCAGGCACACACAAUUUUCCAUAUUUCCUGUCCUCCAAUUUAUGGAUACAUACAUUAUUUAUUAUUUUUUCUUUUUUUAUACAUACUUUAAGAGCAUCAAUUUUUUGUAUCUAUGUUUCUCCCAGUAAGACCAUUCAUUUAGGCAACUACUGUGUAUAAGGUGCUGUGCUAGACACACAGUCACCUAACAAUCCUAUUGGUAGUUCCUCACCGAGCUUUGUCAAUAUUGGGGAAAGAGCAACUAGACACCAGUCUUUGUCAGUCUUGGGGAAAGGACAACUAAGUGACUGGAGCAAGGGCUUGGAGUCAGGUGGCAGCAGCUGUCUGAACAGAGGACCAAGUGCAGGGUAGAAACUGAUUCUUACACAUGCCACUCGAAGCCAGGUGUUUGCAAAUCAGUCAUUUCCAUGUGUCCUAUACCAUUUGUACUCAUUUCUAAUCAAAGAACU